ACUAUUUAACUAAAUUUUUAAUGUAUUAUGGGUGAGUUUUAACCAAGUACUGAAUGUGUAAUUUAGAAACAAAUCAAAGAUUUUCAUCAAAAGGGCUCAGUUUAGUCUCGAAAGACUGUUUGCUGCCGUAUAUCGUGCAGGAUCUAUAUUUAAUUACCAACACUAAGUUAAGUCUUUGUUUUUGUAAAUCUUCUCCCCUAAAUAUUACUGAAUAAUAGCUGCUGCCUCAUUUAUUCAUCAUGUUUUGCCACUCAUCGCAUGCUCAUACUUAUCAUGUCAGCGCAGUAGCUGAUGCCCCUCUCUGACAUUGGCUGAUCCAAUUUAAGGAUAUCUUCAUCUAGAAUUAGCUUGUUUUGACCAGCCUGCAAGGCACCAUGGGAGGCCAGGAGCUUAGGCCAACUGGUAAGCAGCAGGGGUAUAAAAUGCAGUUCUCACUGAAGGGCUGAACGACUUCAGAGGCUUACCAGCUCUUGGAUCUAUAGCUCAGAGAGCCACUGUAUCUACAGUUUUUAGUAGCAAGCAGUGUUUAACUCUAUUCCUGCAAACAUGGUUCUGGAGGAUCCUGAUGUGGAAAUGAUUGUCGCUGAGAUUGAAGUGAGCGAGCACGAUGUGGAGACUCCUAAUGGAAGAAUUCACUGUACAAUGAAGGGGGUUCCCAAGGGGGACAGACCAGUCAUUCUCACCUUCCAUGACGUCGGCCUGAACUACAAAACCUGCUGGAACACGCUCUUCGACCAUGAGGACAUGGCGGAAAUCAUGCAGCACUUUGCUGUGUGUCACGUCGAUGCCCCGGGGCAGCAUGAAGGAGCAAACACCUUUUCCACUGGAUAUGAGUACCCUUCUAUGGACCAACUCGCUGAGUCUCUCCCACUGGUCUUAAAGCAUUUUGGCCUGAAAAGUGUGAUUGGCAUGGGCAUGGGAGCCGGGGCCUACAUUCUGUCCAGAUUUGCUCUGGACUACCCAAAUAUGGUAGAAGGCCUUGUUCUCAUCAACAUCAACUCGUGUGCUGAGGGAUGGAUGGACUGGGCUGCACACAAGAUCAGUGGCUGGACUCACGCAGAGCCCGACAUGAUCAUCACCCACCUGUUUGGAAAGGAGGAAAUUCACCACAACCAUGAUCUAAUUGCCACAUACCGCCACCACAUCAUGAAUGACAUGAACCUGUUUAACCUGCAUCUCUUUGUCAAGUCCUAUGAAAGUCGAAGGGAUCUGGAAAUUGAGAGGCCAGUCCCUGGAAGCCAUGCCAGAACCCUCAAGUGCCCUUCUCUGCUGGUGGUUGGCGAUAGCUCUCCUGCCGUGGAGGCCGUGGUUGAGUGCAACACUAAGCUGGACCCCACAAAGGCCACCCUUCUUAAGAUGGCCGACUGCGGUGGCAUGCCCCAGAUUGACCAGCCUGGCAAGCUGACCGAGGCGUUCAAGUACUUCAUUCAGGGCAUGGGAUACAUGCCUGCUGCCAGCAUGACCCGCCUUGUUCGCUCCCGCACUGCCUCUGGCUCUAGCGUCACCUCGUUCGACGGCAACCGCUCCCGCUCCCACACCAGCGAGGGAAACCGCUCCCGCUCCCACACCAACGAGGGCAGCCGCAGCCGCAGCCACACGACUGAGAAUCCGCACGGCCGCUCCCACACAGACAGCUCCAUGGACACCACGGCCAACAACAACGUGGACCAAGGCGUGAGCAAGUCCGCCGAAGUGUCCUGCUAAAUAACCCUCCACUCAGCAGACAUCCAAACCUCUCAAGGAUCCCCUUCAGUCUCUGCUGCGCUACCUCUAAUUCACACCUGGCCCAUGUACCUGCAAUUGUUUAAAAGAGAGGGGAAAAAAAGAAAUAAAAAAAACGCACAAUACACACUCACCUGCAGAUUUCUCAGUGCAGAUGAGUUGCCCUAGUUUGGAAAUAUGUUUGAGUAAGAAGGUUGAGGUCGUGUUUAUUGAUUGCAAGCAGAAAAUGUUUGGGGCCAUAGUGUAAUUGGAGGCAACGCAGCAUUUGGGGACAUCGAAGCAGAGAAUGUCGGAGAAAGCUGUGGCUAAGAGUACACCAGCUUGUAAUAUAUCCCUCAUAAUCUCGCAUACAAAAAAAAAAAUAACCUCCCCUUCAUCUUUCCCUCCAACCUCAUUUUUUUUGGUCCAUUUUUACCCUACUGACGCAGCUUUCUCAAAUUUACCCGACUGUAAAUGUGUUCUCACUGUAAUUGUUCGAUCAUUUAUCCGUUUAUUUUUCAUGUAUGAGUUAUUGUUCGUAUGUAGGAGCAGACUUGUAGAUGUGGAGAGUGAAUGGGGAGGCACUACACGUAUAUCUUUGAAAAUUGAAAGGGCAGACUCAAAGUAUAUCAUGCACAGCAAAUUGUUUGACCUUGCAAAUGUCAUUUAUUUCCCCCCCCUGUGAAUUUUCUUUCCCCCAAAAGAUUGUUGAAAUAGCAGUUUGCAGGUGAAUUUAAAAUUAAUCUAAAUUGUAUGCUUUGUCGUCAAUCAAAACACUGAAAAACCAAUGCUAAAGCUUCAGGAUCACAUGGUUUAUUAAUGGAUCAAAAACGGUUCUCGCUUAAUGAUUUUUAUGAUGAUUUCUAUGCAAUCAAUGUGCCAUGAAAUUGUUCACCUUUGUUAGAUUGUGCUGCUCCUGUGUGUGGAUUCUUGAGUGAGUGAUAAAAGAGAGGUCCACAUGUAAACACGAGGAUAGCCAUAGAACUUACCUGAUACUUUCUACUCUUUCUUCUGUAUUUUACUUGCACUACAAAAACAUUUGGCUCUGUAGAACACGUACAUACAGCUUUGUAAAUACACAACCUUCUAAUGCUGUAGAAAAGCAUUAAAAUGACAUAACCGUUUGUAUUUAUUAAAAAAUGACAAAAAAAUGUGUAA